GUGGGCGGGGAGGUGGCCGCGAGCUCUAGCUCCGCGGGACCAGGCUGCCGCUUUGUGACUUCACCGGUUUCGCAACAAGCCUGGACCGCCCGCGCCCCACCCACGGGGCUGCCCGUCCGCCCUCCGCCCUCUCGCCUCUGAGCGCUUCCCUCCCUCCGGGGCUGGGCCUGCCCCGGCCGUCGCGGAGCCUCCGUCCCGCCGCCGCCGCCGCCGCCGCGCGUUAGCUGUCUGUGUCUCGGCCACCGCCUCCAGGCAGCCCGCUGCAAGCCGGCGUCGUGGUCCGACGAGCUCAGCGCCCUCUCACCGCGAUGCUGUGCUUCCUCAGGGGUAUGGCUUUCGUCCCCUUCCUCCUGGUGACUUGGUCGUCCGCAGCCUUCAUCAUCUCCUACGUGGUCGCGGUGCUCUCUGGGCACGUCAACCCCUUUCUCCCCUACAUCAGUGACACAGGAACAACUCCUCCAGAGAGUGGUAUUUUUGGAUUCAUGAUAAAUUUCUCUGCAUUUCUUGGCGCAGCUACGAUGUACACGAGAUACAAGAUAGUGGAGAAGCAGAAUGAGACCUGCUACUUCGGCACUCCCGUCUUUAACUUGGUGUCGCUGGUGCUCGGAUUGGUGGGAUGCAUUGGAAUGGGCAUCGUAGCCAACUUCCAGGAGUUAGCAGUGCCUGUGGUCCACGAUGGCGGAGCGCUUCUGGCUUUUGUCUGCGGUGUGGUGUACACGCUCCUGCAAUCAAUCAUCUCCUACAAAUCAUGUCCCCAGUGGAACAGCCUCACCACGUGCCACGUCAGGAUGGCCAUCUCCGCCGUCUCCUGCGCAGCUGUCGUCCCCAUGAUUGCCUGUGCUUCGCUAAUUUCUAUAACCAAGCUGGAAUGGAAUCCGAAAGAAAAGGACUAUAUGUAUCACGUGGUGAGCGCCAUCUGCGAGUGGACCGUGGCGUUUGGUUUUAUUUUCUAUUUCCUAACAUUCAUCCAAGAUUUCCAGAGUGUCACCCUAAGGAUAUCCACAGAAAUCAAUGAUGACUUUUGAAAGAGCGAGAAUCCUGUCUCACUCAGGGAGUGUCACAGACAGUUUCUGGAAGCAGACAGAGGACGGAUAGGCUUGGAUGGUCACCCCGAUUGGGACAUGUCUGUGGCACAUCCAGGACUUGAAUUUCAUUAAGAAUUCCUAGUAGUUGUUCAAUGUACAAAGGUAUGUUUCCCUGGAGAGUGGAUAGCACCGAUGACACGGUAGCAAUAUUUUUAUAUUUUCUAAGACAAUCUUUUAUGAACAAAUUCAUAUGCAGAGAAGAGGAGGCAUUACAGAGAGUGGAAGAUUAUUGUAUAGAUUCUUUAGACUUGUUUUUUUACGUAAAUGAUUUAUGAAAAAAUGAUUUAGUGAAAAAAUCACUAAGAAAAAAAUGUUAAGUUUAAUACUUUUUAUUAAAGAAGCCAAAUCAAGGGCUAUUCACUUUAAAAUUUCAUUAUUUUUUUUUAAAAAUACAGUGACCUGCAUACAUUUUCAUCACAAGAGCAUUUAUACAAUUCUAUUCAUAGUGAUUAUAUACCUGAUGGUCUAGAUUUAGGUAAUAAAUGAACAUUUAAAGCACUCUGAAUAUUCAGGGCAUUAAACAAAUGCUUUUUUAGUGAAGGCCUCAAAACCCUUUCCAGUGCACAUGAACCAGCGAAUGUGGAAGGCCUCGGUUUGAAAAUCCAGCCUCAUUUGCUUCUCUCAGGGACCCACAGCCUUCCUGCCACUGUUAACGCCACCUUGCCUGAGAGCUAACGCCAGGUAGGGCGGCUUAGAAAUGAUCAAACGGGCCUUGGCUGUGACCGGGCAUCACAAGCGAGUUGAUCACUUCUCGGUCUCCCUGUAAGGAGAACGCAGACCCAAGUCAGGGAGAAAGAAGAACGCCCGUAGAAACGUCCAGGGGUUCGAGGCCCGUGGCCGCUGUGGAGGAGGUUGAGUCAAGUCCUUUCCAAAGCAAGACCUGGAGACUCCACCUUGCAUCCAGUUCGCCAAUGGCCAAGAAACGCCACCUGUUGUCAAGGAAGAAGUGUCUUAGCAAGACCCCCAAGGUCCAUAUCUAAGUCUGGAGCAAGUGGGGGCUGCCCGAGGGCAGAAUUUCCCAGAAUGCGCCACGGGCAGCGCAGCCCAUUUGGACAUCCUUGGGGAAGGGGCACCCGGAGAUGGAGCCGCACCAUGCCCCAUGAAAGGUGCGGCUCAGCAGGCACUUCCACCACGACCUCCAGUGUCUUCCUCAGUGUGCAGCGGUGGCAGCCGACAUCCGUUUCUGAGUCCAUGGUAACUUUUCACAGUACCCAGCAUCCCCGUCGUAAUCCCGAACCAGAAAGACAGAGGCUGACAUUCUGAUGCGAGAGAUCGCUCCCUUUUUCCCCUGGAAGCUGGGGUGGACCGGAUCCAUGCGGUUCUUUGCACUGAGCGGGAGCAUUGCUGAUGCUUUCCCAGAAUGCGCGUGGCUCUCUUCGCGCUCGCUUCCACUGGAGACACGAACACAGUGCCUUCCAGCACACAAUAGGUGCUUGAUAAAUAAUACUCAAGGAGUGUGUGCAUGCAAACAUGAAUGAACGGUUCAAGUAACAGCUAGGGAUGUUUGAGGUGCUAAGGGGUUUAUUUUACUCUAGUUCACGGUUAUUCUAAUGUCAACCGCUAACCUGUGCCAAUUAGUAAUGUUGUCCGUUUUGCUUUGUGAAACUCUUCUCGUCUCAACCUGUUCCAGUUGUGUGGGCUUCUUGAGUCUGUGACAACUCUCUUCUGGACAGAUACCACAGAAAUUGUUACACGGGCUAGACCUGUCUUGGCAAACCGAGAAGGCACCCCCACCCCCAAAACCAACCCAAGUCACACUCGGCAGAUUCCACGCGACUUCUAACGCUAUCCCCGUUUUUGGUGUUAUUUUUAAUUCCUACAAAUGUGUAUUUCCUUGGACUUGGUACCUGAGAAAAAUAAAAAGUAUUUCUUUAUUUUA